GUGUAGCGCGCGGCGACACGCGUCAGUCUCGUCCAGCUCUAACCGGCUGGCGUUGAGGUCACGGGUUCAGUGGAAUAGCAACUGCAUGAGGAAAACCCUCACUGCGAAUGCGCACAGCUGGUGCUCAGCACACACACAAACCGCAAACAGUCAAGAGUGCGUGCGGGGGCAAGAAGAGCUCUCAAGGAAUGCACCUAUAGUAUUUCUUUCUCUCGAAAAAAUAUGUAGGUUUAUCUCCCUUUCUGACAUCUGCAACAGGUGUCGAGUACAAUUCGAUUUAUUUUUGAAAUAACCGCAUUGAAUUUACAAACGACCUUCUGAUUGGCUGAUAAAAUUGGACCAACCCCCUGACAUGUCACGCUAGCGCCCAUGGCAAGUCAGCGUGUGGUGUCGCCGAGCCAAAUGCUUCCGGUAUCACCGAGAUCGACAAGGCUAAGUGCUGCACACUGCAAGGGCAGUUAUUAACUUGUUGACAUUACUGCUGAAGUUUAAACUUCAAAAUAUUAGGAAAGUUCUUGGAGUGGUGGCAGACGACCCGGAAACGGCGCACCGUGGGACUAGCCUCAGCAUCGUGUUGAGGGCGAACAGCGCAGCGGAAACGGCUGGCGUGACGUAGUCCAUGCCGCAGCGCCAGGCUGCGCGUGCGGGAGGAAAGUAGCGGUGGGAAGUGGUGAUGAUGGAUGAGGUCCGGCAGCCGCUGCUGUUGGCGGAGGAUGAAGACACAGACAGUGACGGCAGCAGUUCAUCGGUCAGCAGGAAACUGUACUCCACCAUCUCGGCGGCAAAACCUCUCCUCCACGCUGCCACCUGCAAGAACGGCAAGGUGGUGUUUAAGAAACUGGAGGGACCGCCUUCAGAUGACGGAGCCGAGAAAGUCUCGGAGGCUGGCCUGACGGUGUACACCAGGCGUUGGUACGUGCUGGUCAUGUUCUGCCUGUUUAAUGCCACUCAGACGGCCGUGUGGUCCACCUUUGGGUCCAUCGCCGCCACCAGUGAGCACGCCUUCGGCUGGAACGAUGGGACCAUUGCACUGCUCAACAACUGGGGGCAGAUCUGCUAUGUCAUUGCCUGCUUCGUCUUCUCCUGGAUGAUGGACGUGAAAGGUUUGCGGGCGGCAUGCGUGUCCUCCAUGUUUCUGGUGGCGCUGGGAGCAUCAGUGAGAUGCAUCAGCGUGGAGCCCCCUACCGUCACCUGGACGAUGCAUCUGGGAUCCAUCCUCAACGGCCUGGGAGGGCCUGUCACCAUGGCGGGGCCGGCGGUGCUUUCUGCCGUAUGGUUUCCCACUCACGAGCGUACGACUGCCACAGCCAUAGGUGCCAUCAUGUCUGGAUUAGGAAAUGGCGUAUCUUUCUUAUUAGGCCCACAGAUAGUUCCUCUUCCUCCCGCCAACAUGUCAAGCUCCCCUUUGAUUGAAUCCAGAACUACAGUCAGCAGUGUAACAUGGACAGACCAAUCCUCUGCAGUUUUUAGCAAUAAUUUUACCCAACAGUAUUCUCCUGAUGAACUAUAUAUAGAAGACCAAAACAGAAUUGAGAAAGAACGACAUGCUAUCCAGUUACUAAUGUAUAUCGAGGCAGCCUGGUCUAUAGGGCUGUUUGUAAUUAUGGUGAUCUACUUCCCCAAGAAGCCGCCCCAACCGCCCUGUGUGUCGGCUGCACUACAAAGAGAGAAUUUUGUGGACGGCCUCAAACAGCUGAAAGCGCGUCCUCACUUCUGGAUUCUUGUUGCUGCAUAUGGCGUAGCUACUGGUGUCAACAGUUGCUGGAUCACUGUGCUCGAUGUUAUCCUGAAACCGUUUGGCAUCACGGAGCAAAGAGCUGGCUGGAUCGGCUUCUACUCCGUGUGUGGUAGCAUCUUCAUGGCACUUGCUGUGGCUAGAUUUGCAGAUAAGGUCAAACGCAUCCACAAAUGGAUCGUCUUUGUGUUCUACGUUAUUUGCUGUGUGGCCUAUUUGAUCUUCUCUCUGGCCUGCAUCGAAGUUAUACCUUCCUCUACAGUCCUGCUCUACACAACCAUCAUCGUCGGCUACGUGGCCAUCACCUCUGCCAUUCCUUUCUUGUACGAGUUGGCGUGUGAGCUAGCCUAUCCAGUAGGGGAGGCCACUUCCAAUGGCAUCUUGACGAUGGUGAAUAACUUUACGGGUAUCAUCUUUCUACUGGUCUUGAUGAUCCCGAAUAUAGGUACCAUGUGGACCAACUGGACUCAGAUCGGAGCCGUUGCUUGCUGUCUGCCGCUGCUGCUGGCACUGCGCGAGCGUUACAACCGCCUGGAGGUCGACGAGCGCUUGCCGGACAUGGCCACCAUCAACAUCGAAGUCGUCGUCCCUGCGCCACAGGACUCCUGACUUCAUCUGGACUUUUGCAUAUUUGAGAUCUGCGAUCUUUCGAGGAGGAACUUUCUAUUUUAAGUUUUUUUUUAUCUGUACAAACAGAGAAGUCCUCCUUUUUGAUUUUCGUUGUAAGUGAUCUGAACAAGACUUGUGGCCUUGCAGCUAUUCCAGAACCCGAUUUUUUCCCCGUACUAUUUAUUCAUUUUCUGUAAAGUGUUCUCGGAAAGGGGGCGUGCUGCUAUUGGCCUACCACGCAAUAGAACACGUUCACAAUAGAACCAGUUCGUUAUACAUUGGUGGAUGAGAAUGUGAUAUUGAUUUCUACCAACGUUGUGAUUUGUCAGUGGUGAGAUCCCAAAUGUUCUACUCGAUCAAUAAAAUAUUUUUGAUAACUUUUUUGGUAUCAAGUUAUUAUCUCGCCGCGCAUUUUUGUUGAUUAGUGUUUUAUACAUGUGGGUUGUUGUGCAUGGUGGGAGCUUACUGGUGGAGCAUGCUAAGGAGUUCUGGAUUUUUGUAUAUGUGUUGUAGAUUGUUGUGUAGGGUGACAACUAGAUUAUGCAUAACUUUAAGGAGGACAAACAAUGAAAAGGCAUCAAGCAAAUUGCAGCAGCUGUCACACAAAAAUGGCUGUUUCAAUAAGUAUAAUCGAUUUACCUACCCUUGACAACAGCUGGUUGUAAGUGUCGAUAAUCAGUUGAUAUAAUCUAUGAAAUGAAUGAAAAGCCCUUUUAUCUCCCUACGAUUUGUUGCAUGGGAUGUGCAUACAUUUUGAGUAUACAAACACUUUAGAAUGAAUCACUUUGCCUGUGAAAUUAGCGGUAAUUUUAUGUGCGCCCACAUACAUAUAUGCCCGACUGCUUUGUAAUAUUGUGGCUUUUCUCAGAUUGUUUAUGUGUUACGUUUUAGAUAUUGUGAUGGUUUUUGUUUUUUACACAGAGGGUAAACCUAACACUAGUCCUUUUAAGUGGUGAAUACUAGUAUGUCAUUCACAGUUUGAAUGUUAGAGAUUACAGACAGGAAGGAAGACAUUUCCUUCAGAUGCUUGUAUCUAAGGUUGUCAAGAUGAGUUUUGAAACCGUCAUUGGAAUAAAGGGAGGUAAUUAUUGCCUUCUCCAAUUGCAGUCGCUGACAUUCUAGUCUUCUCAUGUUAAAACUUAACGCUGCCUGGUUUCCAAUACAACAGACUCAAAAUCCAGUAUUUGACAUGAAAUUCUUGUUCACAUGUAAAUUUUUAUAUUCUUAAUGCCCCAUUUUGGUGGUGAAAGAAUAAAAUUUGUGGAAUCUU